AAAGUGCAUCAAUCCUAAUUACCGGUAUGUUUGACUUAAAUUAUUUGAGAUACUGGUUAUCACUACAAAGUUGCGUAUUUCUAAACAUUUCAAGUAGUUCCUCCUUUGCGUGGGACCAUUUACGGCAGGACGAUUAAUGGCGGAACUAAUAAUAUGUUCAUUUCGAACAAAAGUGAUCGGGAAAAGGAUUUGAAUAACGAGAUCGAAAACUUCUUUCAAGGUCAUUCCGAACGACAAUCAUCCAAUUUGUUUGGGAAAGUAGAACAUGACGUUUCCAACGAAACAGACAACGAAAAGGGCGAGGUAAUCGAGCCUUUUCCUUUAAUUGGAAACUUAAAUGAAGUUAAGCGAGAUGAGUCUCUUCAACAUGCAAUUGAACAGGAAGCUUUAUUCGAAGAUGUAAAAUUACAGACUCCUCAAAAGCGAGAGCAGAAAAAGAUAAAACCAAAUGAAAGUGAUUGGGAGAGUGUGGUGUCACAUGACUCGCAGUCUCAGGCUCAACAACGAACUCCCGAACGUCAAUUCAGUCCAUCAACUUCCGUGUCUGAGGUAAUUACGUUUUAUGUUUAGCAUAUAAAAGUAUUUUUUUCUUAACUCUUUGUAUGCAUAUACAGGUUACUGAUGAUGUUUUCGAACCUCAGUCGAUGGGUUGGGAGUUCGAUGAACCAGAGCCAACCUGGCUAAAGAAAGUAAUAAACCGACAAAAGUUUUUGAUCUCGCAAAUGGAUCCGUCUGCCAGAUAUGAAUCGUCAUUAAGGUAUUUUUUUUGAUAUAUAUAAGGUUAUUUUUACUUUUUGUUGCACCAAAUCCUGACCAAUUCUUGACUAAUUCUUAGCCCGAUCUGGUGGCGAAUAAUAGAUGCCUCGGAUCUAAAAAGUACAUCAGAUUUUCUGACUGAAGCGGACAUGUCGGAUCUGGUCGCCGUAUUUGCAUCUGCCCUUAAUGUAGGCCAUCCCACUGAAGAUUGGACCAUACUGGAACCUUCAGUUGAGAGGUGUUUACAGGCUCUUG